AUGGCGAAACAUAUGGGGUCAAAGUCACUUGUAAUGGAAGGCUUGAUAUGGCGCAUUUGCGAUGGCACGCAGAUAGAUAUUUACUCAGACCCUUGGCUUACAGACGAGCAGGGGAGCUUUGUGCAAACUACGAACUCAGGUACAGUGAAGUUGGUGAGCGAGCUGAUUGAUAGCACAACCCACAAGUGGAAUUUUGACUUGCUUAACUCCCUCUUCUCUGAGAGGGACGUCAACUGCAUCCUUUCUAUCCCCAUCAGUAUUUGUGGGAGAGAUGAUUGCCUAACCUGGGCAUAUUCGAAGGACGGUCUUUACUCCUUCAAGACCGCAUAUAUGCUCGAAAAGUCCUGUAACUUCAGCAAUUUCCACAAGGCAUGGGGGGUUGUUGAAACUAUGCACCAUGCUCUUUUUGAUUGUCAAGCUGUACGUGAUUUAUGGAGGGAGUGCGAAUGCAAGGCUUUGGUAUGCAGGGAUAAGAAUGAAGACUUCAAAUAUGUGUUUGAAGAAUGGAAAAAACUAGAUGUUCCCUUGAGACAACGUGGGGCCGCGCUUCUUUGGUGGGCUUGGGGUAGACGCAACUACAAGGUCUUUAAUAAUAAGGACACCCCCCACCUGCUUGUUCGGGAGAGGGUAUUGCGUCUGGUUGAGGAGCAAGGGAAGUAUAGCAAACACAUCUACGAUCAUUGGAGAAGUCCCACCACAACCAGCCCCAAGGUUUGCAAACACCCGCCUUCUAGCUUUGUUAAGGUCAACUGCGAUGCAUCGUUGAGUGAACAAGGGUGGAUUGGUCAUGGGGCAACAGCGAGGGACUCACAGGGAGCAGUUAUCUUUGCUGGUACUCGAAGAAUGAGAGGGAAGUGGCCCCCGAAGAUUGUUGAAUGCAAGGCUGUACUCUUUGCAGUAAAGCUCGCCAAGAAGUAUAGGCUUGUUAGGUUAUGA